UUGUCCCGGGACUCGUCCAACAGAUGUUACUGAUGUGGUAUUUGGGUCUGCUCUGCUUCCUCACUGGAACAUCAUAUGGGGGUGAGGUCUGUUUCGAUGAGCUGGGAUGCUUUGGUGACCAGCCUCCCUGGGGGGGCACUGCCCAAAGACCAGUCUCCGUCCUGCCCUGGAACCCCGAAGAGAUAGGCACCCGCUUCCUCCUCUUCACCCAGAGCAACCGCUACUAUCAGGAGAUCAAGGCUGACGAAACAAUCCAGAUUUCAAACUACAAGGGGUUCAGAAAGACUCGAUUCGUCAUUCCUGGUUAUUUGGAAAAAGGAGAUGAGGACUGGCCACAGGAGAUGUGUCAGGCCAUGCUGAAGUGGGAGAACGUGAACUGCAUUGCUGUGGAGUGGAAGAAAGGAGUGAAGACUCAGUAUGCCCAGGCUGCCAAUAACGCAAGGGUGGUGGCUGCCCAGGUGGUGUCCAUGAUCACAUUCCUCAUGGGCAACUACAAGCAGAAGGCGGAAAGGUUCCACAUUAUCGGACACAGCGUUGGAGCUCACAUCGCAGGAGAUGUUGGUAGCAGGAUCACUGGUCUUGCACGCAUCACAGGACUGGACCCAGCUGAACCGUACUUCCAGGACGCUGAUGCCUCCGUUCGCCUGGACACUAGUGACGCGGCCUUUGUGGAUGUCAUUCACACUGAUGGACUUCCUUUUGACUCCAAACUUGGUCUGGGGAUGUCCCAGUCUGUGGGCCACAUUGACUUUUACCCCAAUGGAGGAGAACUGAUGCCCGGCUGCUCCGCCAACAAAGGCAAGCCCACAGACCUGGAUGCGAUCUGGGAAGGUACCAAGAAGUUUGAUGCCUGCAACCAUGCCCGAGCCCACCAGUACUACAGUGAGAGCAUGGUUAAAGCCCAAGGCUUUGUGGGAUAUCCCUGCCCUGACAAGGACAGUUUUACUGCUGGAAAGUGCUUCCCGUGUGCAGACAGCAAAUGUCCUCUGAUGGGCCACAGUGCUGACAAGUUCACCGUGACUGAUGGCGUUUCAAAGACAAAGUACUUCCUCAACACAGGCCGUUCAAAGCCCUUUGGCCGUUACAGCUACAAAGUGUCAGUAACCCUCGAGGGUCCCAGCUGGUCUAACCCAGGCUUCAUGUAUGUGGCCCUUGUUGGGGACAAUGACAGCACCAAGGAACACCAGCUUCAUGUAGGUACCAUGGUGCCUGGGAGGACUUACGAGGUGCUGAUUGACGCUGAGGUGGACGUGGGUGACGUGAAGGAGGUGCAGUUUCGGUGGAACAACCACAUCAUUAACCCUCUGAAACCAAAGUACGGAGCAGCUAAAGUGGAGCUGAGGAGAGGCAAGGACGACAAGAUGCUGCUCUUCUGCGGAACAGAGAACGUGGUGGAGAACACAGUCCAGUCUGUGCUUCCAUGUCCAGUUUAACCUGUCACAAUCCCCAUGUCACUCAGGGUCUUUGAAUAAAGAUUUGGCAUUCAGAAACAUUUUAGCAUGUUUCAGGUUCAAACCUCAAAGGAGUAGAAUCCUGUGUCUCGUGGUUUAAUGGGGCCUGAGCA